GGUCUCACUUAUUGUAAGAUAUACGUUACAGAAGCCUUCUCUGUCAGAUGAAGGCAAUAUAUAUAUAUGUAUCUGUAUUUCAGGGUGAAACUCCAUACGAUCUAGCAGCAAGAGAGAAACUGAGGCAGUAUAAAGAUGUGAUAAAAUACUUAAAGACAGGUGUGAUGGCUAGACUCGAGAUUGAAGAUAAUAAAGUUCCAACUGAAAUCAAAUUAAUGGCUGACAAAAGAUCUGUACCUUUGUACCUCAAAUUACUUGAGUCAGGCUCUGAGAAAAAGAGAGACAUACGUUUAGUAAUAGUUGGGAAGAAAGGUGCGGGUAAGACCUCAUUGGUUAAAAGAUUAUUCAACGAAGGAAAGAAAGGUUCUGGACUAACAUCAUUUUUUAAAAGAUGGUUUGGAGGAAGUAGUGCAGAUGUUACAAGCACAAAUGGAAUAGAAAUUCAUAGGAUAAAAUGCAAAACAAAAUCUGGUGAUAGCAUUUGGAAUGGAUUAGAAGGCAACCAUGAAGAAACUGAACUUCAUGCAAGAUUAUUAAAACCAUACGAAGAAAAAAUAGCCAGUGAGGACAGCUCAGCCAUCAUUGAAGAAGCAGCCCACAAGAAGUUUACGGACACCACUUCAACAACAAGUUUUGAUGAAUCAAAGGAACCAAGAACAGUAUUUCAGCCUAAAAUACUUAAACCUCCAGUAGCCACUGAAUAUAAAACCCAACCUCCAGUAGACAUUCAAAUUAUACACCCAGUAGCCACUGAACAUAAAGAAAAAACCUCAGAAGACACUAAAUUUAACUAUGCAAUGGGAGAUCAUGAAACUGUCAAAGACAACACCCUCAUAACUAUUUUGUACAGACGUGUUGAUGAAUCAACGGAAUCAAAGACUUUAUCUCAGCAGCCUGAAAAAAUAAAACCUCCAGUAGUCACUCCAGUUGAACCACAAGCAUCUCAAGUAGCCAAUAUUUAUCAUGAACAACAGCAAAACCUAUCAAUAGAAAAAGCUCAUAAAGAUAUCAAUUCCAUGAUGGAAAAAUCGGAAGUUGAUUUACAUGACAAAGAGGAGUAUGCCAAGUUGUUAUUAUGGGAUUUUGCUGGAGAUGAAGAGUUUUACCACACACACCAAACAUUUCUGUCCCAAGAUGCAAUUUAUCUUGUUGUAACAAAACUUAAUGAGGCUGAUGACAAAAAUGCACAAGAAAUGUUUCAGUUGUGGAUGAAUUCAAUACAUUGCUACUGUAGACUUGAUGAUCAGCAAAAUAAACCUGGAAGUUUUACUGCUAAAAUAGAUGAAAGUACUGAGACACAGGAAACAAAUAUUCUCGAUCCACCAGUGAUUCUUGUUGGUUCACAUAAAGACAAAGUCAGGCUUUCAAAGGGAGAAAAGAUAGAGAUCGAAUGCAAGAAGCAGAUUCAAAGCUAUGUGAAAGAUGUUUCAGAUGAUGCCUGUGGACAUAUACGAUCUGAAUACUUCAUUUCAAAUACAAAAGAUGAUGAUGUUGUAUUCCAGAAAAUAAAACAGGACAUCUUAAACUUAGCCAGAGGAAUGAAAUCGUGGAAUAAAGAAUAUCCAUUGAAAUUUAUUCAACUGGAAAAAUGUCUUCAAGAGAGGAAGAAAGGGUUAUCAAUUCCAAUUAUAACCUUAAAGGAACUUGAGCAAAUAUCUCUUAAAACACUCAUGCCAAUGAAUACGGAAGAACUAAUGUUGUUUUUGAAAUUGCACCAUGAAAUCAGAGCUUUAGUUUAUUUUGAGGAUCUUCCCGAAUUUAUUGUUUUAGAUACCCAGUGGUUAUCUGAUGCCUUUAAAUGCAUAGUAACAGCAAAGAAAUUUCAAUCAGAUAUCAGCAGACAUAGAAUGAAGGACAAAUUGGAAGAUUUAAAUCUUAGAGGAAUAUUGCAUAGUGAAGUUUUAGAAGAUAUUUUUAACAAUGAAAAAAACAUUUUGAGCAAACAUGAUAGACAUAAAGAUGCUAUCCUGAAUAUUAUGGAGAAGUUUGAUAUUAUCAUAUGUGUAACCAUUGACGAUGCUGAUGAAAAACCUUGCUACUAUGUACCUUGCAUGGUCAAAUCAAAACCAGAAUAUGACAUAUAUGAAAUGUUUAAUGUUACCAAAGAUACUUGUAAGAAAUCCACCUGGUUAUGUUUCAAGUUUAGGUUUCUUCCACCACAUCUAAUUAAUCAUUUAAUUGCUGCACUGAGCAGGAAGUAUAGAGUUGCAGAAGUUGCUGCUACUAAACAGGAUAAAAAGCAAAUUGCCCUUUUCAGUGGAACUGCUGUAUUUGAGUUACAGAUGAUAACAAAAUUAAGAAAAUUACUCGUUAUAAAAUGUCCAAAUGCUAUUCAAAUUCAAGUUUUGCAAUUUGGGGAACAAAUUGAAAGAGGUUUGUACAAAUACAUUGCUGACUUUAUGACAGAGGAAAUAAUCAAGAUAAUAAGCACAAGAUUUAAGAUGCCCAAUGUAAAAUUUGAGAAAAAGUGGGAAUGUGGCCAAACAAAACCAGAGUCUGUAACAGGAUCAAAUGACUUUUGUGAAGAUCAGGAUACAAAAUAUUAUUGUGAGACAUGUAAAAUUACACACGAGUUCACUGGUGAAUGGUCAGAUCUACAACAUGGAACAGUUGAUUUCACCAAAGAGGAAAUCAAUUAUACAAAAAUGGGAAUGAUCGUGUUGAAUGUUCUCGCUGAUGUUUCAUAUGACCUUCUAAAACCAGAUAAACCAAAUCUACGUCCGAGAAGCGAUUGUGAUAUAACACACUUGUACCAGGAGCAUUUCAAACUUAAAAAACAUAUUCCAACUAAUGGAUGGGGAGGGAAUUGGCAAACCAUUCAGGGUACAGACAUAGCUGUUGGAGAUGAUAUUGAGCGCAUAAGACUUACACGGAAUGAACUACAACACUCAACGGCAGCUGAAAUUGGAGAUACACGUUUCAUUGAGUUGUGUAACAUAUUAAGUGAUCUUUUAAAACGUUUUGAUCAACUUAACAAACCAGCAAGGCUUUAUACAGAUCAACUAAAUAAAAUUUUGUCUAAAACUAUGUCUGCUGAGGAAGUUCAAUCAAUGAAAAUGAAACAUUAGAAAUGGACAUUGAAGUUGAAAUUAUUCCAACACAAUAGAGAAAUAAGUUCAUGCUGUUUUUAAUUGCAAUUUGUAAUUUCAAAACUUUUUAAGAAAUUUACCUACUACCUACUAUACAAACUUCUUGGCAUUAGACUGAUCAGUUUUGACUAUAUCCGUGUAUUGAGAAAAAAUGCUACCAAUUAAAGUCUGUCUUAAACUGUCUCUACAUAGAGUUAUACAAAUAAAUGAACCAGAUGAAAAAGUCAACCAAACUGUUUAUUCAUAGAGUUAUGGAAUGUGAUUGCCAAAAUGAAAUAGAGAACAAAACUGUUUCAUAGAGUUAUGGAAUGUGAUUGCCAACAUGGAAUAUAGAACAAAACUGUAUAUUCAUAGAGUUAUGGAAUGUGAUUUCCAAGAUGGAAUAGAGAACAAAACUGUCUAUUCAUAGAGUUAUGGAAUGUGAUUGCCAAAAUGGAAUAGAGAAGAAAACUGUCUAUUCAUAGAGUUAUGGAAUGUGAUUGCCAAAAUGGAAUAGAGAACAAAACUGUCUAUUCAUAGAGUUAUGGAAUGUGAUUGCCAAGAUGGAAUAGAGAACAAAGCUGUCUAUUCAUAGAGUUAUGGAAUGUGAUUGCCAACAUGGAAUAGAGAACAAAACUGUCUAUUCAUAGAGUUAUGGAAUGUGAUUGCCAAAAUGGAAUAGAGAAGAAAACUGUCUAUUCAUAGAGUUAUGGAAUGUGAUUGCCAAGAUGGAAUAGAGAACAAAACUGUCUAUUCAUAGAGUUAUGGAAUGUGAUUGCCAAAAUGGAAUAGAGAAGAAAACUGUCUAUUCAUAGAGUUAUGGAAUGUGAUUGCCAAGAUGGAAUAGAGAACAAAACUGUCUAUUCAUAGAGUUAUGGAAUGUGAUUGCCAAAAUGGAAUAGAGAACAAAACUGUCUAUUCAUAGAGUUAUGGAAUGUGAUUGCCAAAAUGGAAUAGAGAACAAAACUGUCUAUUCAUAGAGUUAUGGAAUGUGAUUGCCAAAAUGGAAUAGAGAAGAAAACUGUCUAUUCAUAGAGUUAUGGAAUGUGAUUGCCAAAAUGGAAUAGAGAAGAAAACUGUCUAUUCAUAGAGUUAUGGAAUGUGAUUGCCAAGAUGGAAUAGAGAAGAAAACUGUCUAUUCAUAGAGUUAUGGAAUGUGAUUGCCAAAAUGGAAUAGAGAAGAAAACUGUCUAUUCAUAGAGUUAU